AAAUAGAGAAAUGACACGAAUAACUAUCAAAGGAGGUGUAUGGCGGAAUACAGAGGAUGAGAUUCUCAAAGCGGCUGUUAUGAAGUAUGGGCUCAAUCAGUGGUCUCGAAUUGCCUCUUUGCUUCAUCGAAAAUCAGCAAAGCAAUGUAAAUCAAGAUGGUACGAGUGGCUAGACCCGAGCAUAAAGAAAACAGAAUGGAGUCGUCAAGAGGAUGAAAAGUUGUUGCAUCUGGCUAAGCUGAUGCCAACACAGUGGAGAACUAUUGCUCCUAUUGUCGGACGGACAGCUGCGCAAUGCCUUGAACGAUAUGAAUAUUUGCUAGAUCAGGCUCAGAAGAAAGAGGGGGGUGAUGAUUCACAUGAUGCUCGAAAACUCAAGCCGGGAGAAAUCGAUCCAAAUCCAGAAACAAAACCAGCCAAACCAGAUCCAAUUGACAUGGACGAAGACGAAUUGGAGAUGCUAUCUGAGGCGAGAGCAAGACUGGCAAACACACAGGGUAAGAAGGCGAAGAGAAAAGCACGAGAGAAACAAUUGGAAGAGGCGCGACGUCUCGCUUCUCUGCAGAAGAAACGAGAACUGAGAGCGGCAGGCAUCAAACCUCGAGAAUUCAACAGACGAAAGCGUGGUGUAGACUACAACAUUGAAAUUCCGUUUGAAAAGAAACCGGCGCCUGGAUUUUUCGAUACAGCCGAAGAGCACGAAAACAAGAAACAUUUCGACUUUAAUCGGCUUCGACAGAAUGCACUGGAGGGAGAAACACGUGACGAGGUGGAGGCGAAAGAGAGAAGAAAAGACAGAGCGAAGAUGAAGGCUCUAAAAGAGGAUGACUUGCCGGCUGCUAUUUUGAAGACGCACGGGUCAGUGAUGCCGGAGAAAAAGAGAAGUAAACUGGUGCUUCCGCAGCCACAAGUGACGGACAAAGAGCUGGAACAAGUAGUUAAAAUGGGCCAAGUUUCGCAGCUGAUCAAAGACGAAAUGUCAUCCGAGGCCGGCGGAAGUGCGACUCCAUCUAGUGUUCUGUUGGACAGUUACCACGUGGCAGCCAGACCAGGUCUCCCGAGUAGAACACCGAAGACUCCGGCACCACAGAACACAGUCAUGGAGGAAGCGAGGAACCUACUCGCCAUGACGCAGCAAGAGACACCCCUUUUAGGAGGAGAGAACUCGGCGAUGGUAGGUGGCACUGGCUUCGAUGGACUCACUCCCAGAACUCAAGUAGUGGCUACUCCCAAUACAGUAAUUGCAACUCCUUUUAUGGGAACUCCGUCUAAUGGAGCAACAGAGGGCAACUUCUCAAUCAGAUCAACACGUGCAAUCGGCCCUGCAGUGGGUCCAGUAAUUCCAGCCAGUGUCAGAUCAACCCCUCUAAGGGACAAUCUGAACAUAAAUGACCCAUCUGGUGGGGGAUUUAACGAAGACGACGACGACAGGGGAAGUGUGAUGAUGGAUAAUGAUGAUACUAGGUCACUAGUGUCUGGAACAUCAUCGGCAAUCAACCCUGUCUUACUGAAGCAACAGUUGAGGAGUGAUCUUUCAAGUCUUCCACAGCCGAAGAAUGAUUUUGAAAUUGUGCUCCCUGAAGACAAAGAGAGAACCGGCAGCAAUGACGAUGGAGGUGACAAUCUCCCCCCGGGCGAGGAGGCGAUGGAAGUAACCAGUGGUGGGGGAGGAGGAAGUAGUAUGCAAGUGCCUGAUGCGGCUGAUUUGGAGGAGUGCGAACGGCUUAUGCAGGAAGAAGAAAAAUUGCGGAUGUUAAACCUUGCCUCAAUCUCAGUACAAAGGGAUCUUCCGAGGCCAUACGAGAUCAACCCGGCUAUUUUGAGACCAGCCAACGCACAGACCGAAGCCCCAUUGACUGAACUGCAGAAGGCUGAGGAGUUGGUCAAGCGUGAGAUGCUAGUGAUGCAGCACUUCGACUGUGCCAACUUCCCCCCGGAUGUCAAGCUCACUAGGAUGCCAGAUGUGAAGAGAGCUAAACAGGCAACCAGCACGAAACAAGCCAGUAGUUAUCUUGAAUCGAACUCUUUCACAGAGUUCUCGGAGGAGGAGCUGUCACAUGCGCACAGUGUUCUGAAACGGGAGAUGGACCAUGUGAAGGAGGGAAUGGGUCACGGGACUCUCCCUCUAGAAGUUUAUUCCCAAGUGUGGGAGGAGUGCUACGAGAAGAUCCUGUUUGUGCCCAACUUGAACAAGUACGCACAUGGCAAAUACCUGUCCAAGAAGGAAAGGCUGGAAUAUCUCGAGAAACGGCUGGAGCAAAACAGAGCGCACAUGGCACGUGACGCGAAAAAGGCGUCCAAAUUUGAGAAGAAACUGAAGAUACUGUUGGGAGGCUACCAAUCGAGAACACUUGGACUGACCAAACAGCUGAACGAACUGCACGACCAACUGCAACAGACACAGACUGAACUGAAGUCGUUUAAAGAGUUGCAGGCGAUAGAGUCGGCAGCUAUUCCGAGAAGGAUUCAAACAAUAAGUGAAGAAUUGGACCGACAGAAAGAGCGAGAAGCCAUUCUGCAGCAGAAAUACUCUGAUUUAGCUCUACAGAAAGACGUUUUGACCUCUAAAUUGACAACAUACUCGAAAAACCCAGAAACUCAAUUAACUGUCGACACAACAACAUCGAAUGAUUUAAUACAAACUGCAAACUAGAUCUGUGUACUUUUUCCGCAAAAUUGCUGUCCUUUUCAUGAUCCAUUUUCUUAAGCUGAUAAUUCGUUUUCUUCCUAUUUUCAUAGUUGAAUUGAAAGUUUGCAUUUUGGGUAA